AUGAGUCGGCAGGACGCCCAAACGGAUCGCUGGCUCGAAAUCAGCGUCGAGCUACCCUCAGAGUUCGCGGAACCGGUCACCCAUCUCUUCUCGCGUUAUAGCGACGAGCGUGUGUUCGUUUCGCAAUCCGGCGAUUGGGAUGCAGACGAGGUCGGCCCCGACUACACUCCCACCGACGAUGUCACGGUAUUUUGCUAUCUGAAAAUCGACGACACAGUUAAAACCCGCAAGGGCAUGAUCGAAAUCGGUCUGCGACUCAUGUCCGAACUCGCCGAUGUGUCGCCACAUCAAGAGCGAGUCGUAACCGCCGACGAAUGGUCGAACCAGACAUUCCCAACCAUCCGCGUCGGCAACCGGAUCGUCAUAUCCCCGUCGGCCCUCGAUCACGAAAUGCCGGACGAACCGCCAACCGACGAUGUCCACGUCUACCUAUCGCCAGGGCUGGCAUUUGGCACCGGCAACCAUCCCACAACCCGCCUCUGCUUAAACCAGAUCGUCGCUGAAGCCGACUCGGGUGAUCUGUCCGGCAGCCGAAUCCUCGAUGUUGGAUGUGGGUCCGGAGUCCUAUCCAUCGUCGCUUUGAAGAUGGGCGCCUCCGAAGCUUGGUGUGUUGACAUCGACGAAACCGCUGUCCGGGCCGUCCGCGACAAUCUCAUCAUGUCAGGCGUCUCCGAAAACUCCCACGUUGUCGAAGGCUCGAUACCUAACCCUGAUCUGCCGAAUAUCAAGUUCGACUAUGUAUUCGCAAACAUCACUUCUCGGGUUCUGAUCGACCUCGCCGAACCCAUCGUCGGCCAUGCCAAAUCUGGAGGCGUCAUCUUGGUUUCCGGCAUCAUGAACGAACAGAUCGAAACGGUCGAGGAAGCAUUUUUGAACGCCGGACCGCUAUCUAUCACCGACACCAAACAAGAAGGCGAUUGGAUGAUGUUGCGGAUGAUCAAAACCAGCGACUCGUAG